GGGCAGUCUGUAAUUUUACUAAAUAAGCCGUUUUGCGAACCGCAAGUCAGCAAUUUUCACCGUAACAUUCCUUUUUGCAUAGGUUGCCCCAUAACCGAAGCUACCUGGCUAUAUCAAAUUUGUGAAUAUGGGUUUUGUCAAAGUUAUCAAAAAUAAAGCUUACUUUAAAAGAUUUCAAGUUAAGUUCAAAAGACGAAGAGAGGGCAAAACUGAUUAUUAUGCUCGUAAACGAUUGGUAACACAAGACAAAAACAAAUAUAACACUCCAAAAUAUCGUCUUAUUGUACGAUUCACGAACAAAGAUAUUGCAUGCCAGAUAGCCUACGCCAAAAUCGAAGGAGACGUGAUAGUGUGUGCUGCAUACUCUCAUGAGCUCCCAAGAUAUGGCGUUAAGGUCGGGUUAACUAAUUAUGCUGCUGCUUAUUGUACUGGUUUAUUGUUAGCCAGAAGAUUAUUAUUAAAGUUUAAUUUGCACGAAACAUAUGCUGGUCAAAAGGAAGUAGAUGGCGCUGAAUAUAAUGUUGAAUCAGUAAGUGAUGGUCCUCAUGCUUUCCGAUGCUAUCUUGACGUAGGUUUAAAACGAACAACAACUGGUGCUCGAGUUUUUGGUGCAUUAAAAGGUGCUGUUGAUGGCGGUUUAGACAUCCCUCACAGUACUCGUCGUUUUCCUGGGUAUGACGAUGCUGGAAAAGCUUUAAAUGCUGAAGUACAUCGUAAUCAUAUAUUUGGAAAAAAUGUUGCUGAUUACAUGACAUCGCUACAAGAAGAAGAUGAAGAAGCCUUUAAAAGACAAUUUUCACAAUAUAUCAAAGAAGGAGUAACUCCUGGAACUAUUGAAGCAAUGUACAAAAAGUGUCAUGCAGCUAUUCGAGCUGAUCCUUCUUCUAAACCCUCAGAAAAGAAACACUUUAAAGGAAAGAGAUGGGGUCGAAAGAAGAUGUCUCUUGCUCAGAAACAAGAUCGUGUUAAACAAAAAAAGGCUGCUUUCUUAAAGAAAAUGGACCAAGAUAAUGAUGAAGAAUAACAUGUAUUUUCUGAUUUACAUUUUGAAUACAUUGUUUUUUUUU